CAUUCCUCCAUGAUGCAAGCUACUAGUAUCGGGUUGUUGUUCUGGCGCGAGGUGCAAACGUAAAGGCCUAUUUAUAACUGACCACCGCUGUGUGGACGAAUUCGAGAUGGACUUUACCCCAGUGUUUUGGUCUGAAAAUAUUCCAUGCCAGUGGGUAAUGAACCUGCCCAUGUCAACUGGUUCACCGAGUACAACAGUUACGGAAAUCGUUGGUGAUGUAGGUUCGACAAAUCAGGGAUCAAUCAUAGAAGAAAGCGACUUUAUUGACGAUGCGGAUGCUUCAGACUGUGAGUGGGAGAAAGAAGAUUCCGAUGCCACUGUCACAUCUUCCGAUGACGAUGACAAUUUGGUACCAGCGAGACGGGAGAGGAAACCCAGGAGUGCAAAAUCAUCAAAGAAGCCCAAGUAUCAAGAAGUAUUAUCUGAAUCCGAAUCGGAGAAGUCUGCCGUACACCAAUCAUCCGAUGAUGAUUGGGAGCCAGAGGAACAGGAGAGGAAACCCAGGAAUGCAAAAACAUCAAAACACAAGCCUAAAUAUCAAGAAGCACUAUCUGAAUCCGAAUCGGAGAAGUCUGUCGAACGCAAAUCAUCUGAUGAUGAUUGGGAGCCGGAGGAACAGGUGACGGUUACUCAUAAGAACAGCUUCAAGGUUUCAGACGAAAUAGAUUGUCAGAGAGCAGAAAUCGGUGUCCAAUCUGAUGAAUCUGAAAGGAAUGAAACACAAAUGGAUACAACCGAGGAACCAGACUUAAGUGCAGCAUUCGAUGAGUCACCAAAGAAGAAAAAAGUUUGGCCUAAAAAGUACAACAAGGGGCCCUUCGUCUGCGGCUACUGUGACAAACAAUUCCGUGGGUUACUGGACCUGACGCGGCAUGUGAGAACUCACACAAACGAGAAACCACUGGCAUGUGAGCACUGCGGACGAGGAUUCAGCUGCAAACUCUCCUUAAGACUCCACAGAAGGACUCAUUCAUCGGCAAGACCUUUCCCAUGUACAAAGUGUGACAUGAAAUUUGCCAACAAGUCUUAUUUGAAGAACCAUAUGGCCAAACACUCCGACGCAAAACCACUUGUCUGUAAAGUCUGCGGAUUUCGUGUAAAGUAUGCGACGUCUCUGCGAAACCACCUCAGAACACACAGAACAGAGAAGGACUUUGCUUGUGAAGUUUGCGGGAAGACAUUUAAGACUCAGGUGAUAUGUCGCAUGCACCAGCUACGUCAUGCAGACCCUGAGAGUCGGGUCAACCGCAUUCCAAAAGAAGGGGUUCGUAGACGGAGAAUCAAGCGCAGACCACUCACAAAAGAAGAGAAGGCAAAUAUUCCAACAAUGGCAGAGAUACUUUCAGCUCACCGAAAAAAAACUGCAGCAGCUUCAGAACCAACCAUGCCAGUCGACAAUCUACCACUCUUGCAAAAUAGUUCACAACAGGUGUCAAAUCGACCUCUGGGAGUUGCGGCUGUGUUUUCUACAGUUGGAUCAUUACCAAACGAUCAGUUACACCCGAAUCAGAUAUCAAUACCACUGCGUGGGCCUAUUCAUACGAAUGCUCAAAGAGGGCCAGGAUAUGCAGGCAGCUUACUGACUAGGUUCAGCCAUGUAGUUGGCAAUAAUCCUGAACAUCGAUCAAUGACACCGUUAUGGCAAGGGAUGCAUCCACAGAUGCAAUUUCCAACCAACUGGAAUAGACCUCCUUUAAUACAGCAUCCAUUUCAAGGCGGCAUGUAUUACGGUGUGCCUGUAUCAGUCUUGCCUUAUGGCAAUUGUUUUACACCAAUAGGCAAUGCAAUGGCUGUGGCACAGCAUACUGGGCAGCACAUGCCACCAACAUACCAGAUGCAGUUCACACGAUCAGCUGUGCCAGUUGCAUCUAAUAUUAUUCCGGUGCCAGUGGCACCUUAUCCAGGGCCGAUUGCUCCAGGACCAUUAGCUCCAGGACCACUACCAAUUAACACUGCAUCGGCGGAAACAAGACAGGACAUUGUUCAAACACCAAAUGCGAAUUCUCCCAUGGUGACCCCUGAAAUAGGACCAGGGUAUGCCAGCAGCUUACUUACCAGAUUCAGCCAUGCAGUUGGCGGAAAUCCACCACACCCGUCAACGACACCUUUAUGUCAAGGGAUGUCUCCUGUACCUCAAGGAACGAGAGAGGACAUAGUUCAAGCACCUGACACAUCAGUUUUGCCAAAUUCGUUACAUCCACAGAUGCAAUAUCCAACCAACCGAUUGAGUGGGUCUCCAUCAAUUGCACAACCAGUGUCGUCAUGUGCUGUCCUACCGGUGGUAUCACAGACUGCUUCAGUAGCUCCUUUGGGGAGCACUCGACACGAAAGUUCCAUGGCUAUAAGUUCUCGCCCGGUUAAUGAGACGUCACAGUUGACACCAACCACUGCAGUCACUUUGGCAACAACCUCACCACAUGCCACACAAAUGACAUCCUUAAUGACAGGGCCACCAUCAGUUGUAAAGACAGUAGCGUCAAGUGCAACACUAACAUUGGCAACAAUCUCACCGAUAGCCACACAAAUGAAAUCCUUAAUGACAGGGCCACCGUCAUUAAAGACAGAUCGCUCGUCAAGUGAAACACCAGCCGGACAACUGACAAACACUCAGACUCCAACAACAUCUUCAGGGAACACGAAUGUCUAUCUAAAUACCGCACAUAAAGAAAACGCCCAACCGAGUACAUCCGGCAGCAAGGUCCUAGUUUCAUGUACUUCAUCAACUUUACCUUUGGCAACAACCUCAUCAGAUGCAACACCAAAGACAAUCUUAAUGACAGGGCUACCUUCAUCUGUAAAUACAGUGUUGUCAAAUGCAACACCACCUGGGCAGCUGGCAAACACUAAUCAGACUCUAACUUUAUCUGCAAACAACACCAGUGUGCCCUUGAUUACCUUACACACGGAAAACGCCCAACAAAAUUCACCUUUCACCAACCUAACUUCAUCAAACUUACCUAUUCCAACGAGCACAAAUUCAUUACAAGUGACAGCAGGCUCAGUUGUGCAAACAACAAUGGUCAACCCUGAAGCAACUAUGUCUAAAUUGGAAUUAGAUUUUAACAGGAAUACAUCAACAGUGUCUUCGUUGAAUGACAGCUCAUUAAUGUCAUCACUGAAACUGUUGGAAUCGGUAUGUGAUGCAGUCGAAUCCGAGCUGCAAAAAGAUAUGGAUGUGAAAAACAACUGUUCUGAAGAUGUUCCAUCGUCUUUAGUUUCCAUGUCAGGCUCGACCAAAGAGAGACAAGCCUUCCCUGCCAGGAGUACUACAAUGACGCCACCAGUAGUCGUUCGGUCUAACCAUUGUCCGGCAAUGUCCCAUCGCAAGACGUCAAAAACACUACAUGUCCAUGACUCGACAACACCAACAGCACGAAGUUCAGGGGUGAUUUCAUCGCUAAGUUUUUUGAACGAGUCCAUAAUAGAUAAGUCUCCGACAUCAGAUGAGAUAGCUGAGAUUGUUGCACCAUUUGUAUUGGAGUCAAGAUCAGGAUCGUCAAGAGACAGUCCUUGUGUGACGUCACCGCCAUUAUCCAAAAAAGGAAAGGCACAUUCAGGUAUGACUUUCUCGUCAAAAAUAAGGUCAUCUACCUGUGAGUUAACAUCACACCCUGCAGCAACCAAAAACAACACGAGUUUAGAGACACAUCACAUUAGGCCAGUCGGUUCAGCUUCUACGGCAACAAGGCAACUGCCCUCCCCAUCACCACGCAAUACAAAAGAUGCAAUUGCUGGUGUUUCGUCCACUGUUGUGACCACUUCCCCAUCUACCUUUUCGACAACUACUAUACCCAAUGCUUCAAAUUUAACUCAAUCGAUGGUGAAUGGCAGCUCAGCUACAUCGUCAUCAAUGGGUACCCUUGCCAAAGGUCACCAUCAUGCUUCUUCAUCCCGGCCACCUAGUGUUUCUCCCCAGGCAGCAAACGCUGGACCAACAAACGAUACGGUUCUAGUCUUGCUCACCUCGGGAAAUGUGAAAUCGUUGAGCAGCUUCUCCUCCAGCAUUUCUUUAUCAGCUCCAGCUCAGCCUGACAGAAGACCAGUGAAGGUGAACACUACUUCAGUGACAUCGUCCUCAUCACCAACAGGCGAUACGCCAAGCACCUCAUCUUCAAUGUCAGAUUCCUCGAUGGAUACACAAUAUGUAACUGCUGGUGUUUCGUCCACUGUUGUGACCACUUCUCCAUCUACCGUUUCGACAACUUCUGCAUCUUCUGGUUCUUCCACUAAUUCCCAAACGCAUAGGCCUACUACGAGCAUGCCAUCCACUGUUAUACAAACUGCUUUGCGCGCUUUUGUCUCAUCAACCAAUACAAUCACUGUUGUAACAACAGCAGUGACACCAGCUGUUACGCCCUCUGUUGUUAUGUCCACUGUUUCACCAUCCAGUACAUGGUCAAAUGGACGAUGUACUUCAGUUCUUGAAACUGUACCAAGUUAUGAUGAUGCUUUGUACUUUACUGUUACUCCAUUUAUGGUGAUAAAAACCCCAUUUGGACCCGAAUCGGACAACGUUAUGAGGCAGGAAAUACAAAGUUGAAAACCUUUACACAUGUAGUUGUUGCCAUUAUUGGCCCUCGGCUGUAUUUUUUUGCCAGUUGUCUUUAAAUCAAUCUUCACCAAAAAAGGCUUAUGGUAACAUGUUCUUGCAACCGUUGAAAACUGGUAUCCAUGUUGCAAGUUUACUCUGGACCAUCGCUAAAACAUGUAAAUAUGAACAUGCACAUACAUGUAGUUCACUAUCUUCGAUCUCCGAAACGUUUCUGUCAGAAACGUCGCCGAGAGUGUGUUUUCCAAUUACGUAUUACAUGUAUAUGUUUUCUUCCUGUGUGAACAAAAUCGCUCCGGAUUUUCGGGAACAUCUCAAAAACACGACCACCACUUGAAAAAAAGAAAAAAGGGAUGUACAUGUGUACGUUUCACGACCCAACAAGUUACUUUGAUCAACUGGUGGUGCUGUAUAAUUAUAGUGUUUCAAAUUUGGAUGGCACCGUUUUGCACAUAAUUUGACU